AUUUUAAUCAGGCGAACGAGAUAGCUAGCUAGCCUAGACGGGUCCUUGCGAAGACGUACAGGGGGAAAUGCGCGACAGAGCGAAAGAAGUGGACGGUUCUGCGCAUGCGCAACACGCAGCGACGGACAUGUUGAGUUCGGUAGCAGCGGAGGCGUCGUGCAGUGUUUCGAUGCGCAUCUCCGCCCGCGGUGUUUGCACCGCCAGACCCGGGGUUUGAGCGACAUAAGCGGCGGAGGUAGCAAAACAACACCAGUAAAGCCAUGAACUCGGGUUUGGACCUGUCGCGCCGGAACCCGCAGGAGGAUUUCGAGCUGAUCCAGAGGAUCGGUAGCGGAACCUACGGCGAUGUGUACAAGGCGCGGAACGUCAACACGGGAGAGCUGGCAGCCAUCAAAGUCAUUAAACUGGAACCAGGUGAGGACUUUGCGGUGGUUCAGCAGGAGAUUAUCAUGAUGAAAGAUUGUAAACACUCGAACAUUGUGGCGUACUUCGGCAGUUAUCUCAGGAGAGAUAAAUUAUGGAUCUGUAUGGAAUACUGCGGUGGAGGAUCACUACAGGAUAUUUACCACGUGACUGGACCUUUGCUGGAGUCGCAGAUUGCAUAUGUAUCACGGGAGACCCUUCAGGGGCUGUACUACCUCCAUAACAAAGGAAAGAUGCACAGAGACAUUAAGGGAGCAAAUAUCUUACUAACUGACAACGGCUACGUGAAGCUGGCGGAUUUCGGCGUCUCGGCUCAGAUCUCCGCCACUCUGGCCAAGAGGAAGUCCUUCAUCGGGACGCCAUACUGGAUGGCUCCAGAGGUGGCUGCAGUAGAGCGUAAAGGAGGUUAUAAUCAGCUGUGUGAUAUCUGGGCCGUGGGCAUCACUGCUAUAGAACUGGCCGAGCUGCAACCUCCCAUGUUCGAUCUGCACCCCAUGAGAGCUCUUUUCCUCAUGACCAAGAGCAACUUCCAGCCUCCUAAACUGAAAGAUAAACUCAAAUGGACGAAUAACUUUCAUCACUUUGUGAAAAUGGCGCUGAUUAAAAACCCUAAGAAGAGGCCGACGGCGGAUAAACUGCUGCAGCACCCGUUCGUAUCGCAGCCGCUGAGUCGCACCCUCGCCAUCGAGCUGCUGGACAAAGUCAACAACCCCGACCACGCCGACAUGGAGGAUAGCCACGACGGCGAGGACGAGGAAGCCGACCCUGAGUCUCCCGUGCACGUGCCUCAGCGGAUCACGUCAGCAAGCCGAAGUUCACGGGAUAAAAAGACUCUGUCGGAGAUCAACUUUGAUCAGGUGAAGUUUGAUCCUCCGCUGUGGAAAGAGACGGAGCUGCAUGAACCGGAACUGCAGCUGGAGCCGCAGAGUUUACUGGGUGAUCAUAAGAGUCUGUUAAAAUCAGUAGCAGAGGAACUCAAUCAGAGGGGUCAUGUGACACAUUUAGAGGAGGAUGAGGAGGAUGGUGAUGAUGAAGCUGGACAUUCAAACUCCAUUUCCACAAUGAGGCCUAAAAUCCCUCCCCCGUUACCCCCUAAGCCGAAGUCUCUCGGCGCUUCUCAGAGCGACCCUGAUGGAGAGGACGGCGUCGGAGAGGGGACCAUCAAACGUUGCCCUGUCUCCUCAAGCCCCGCCCCUCCUCCUCGCCCCGCCUCCUGUGUGCCCCCCAGGCCGCCGCCCCCUCGCCUGCCCCCCCAGAGACGCAGCAGCUUAGGUAAAGGGCCUCCCGAGCACGCUCGGACAGAACCCGAAGGGGAUGAUGGGAGUUUUAGGUUCUGGGACUGGCUUCACGCCGAGGAGCAGAAGGAAGACAGUAACGGAUUGAGCGCGUCGUCGCAGAACGGAGAGCGGGAAAGACUGUCGACUCUCCCGACCAUUCCCAGUCGCAGGAGCAAAGACGUUCCCAAGCCGAUGUGUAACGGUCUGCCUCCCACGCCCAAAGUGCACAUGGGAGCGUGUUUCUCGAAAGUGUUUAACGGGUGUCCGCUGAAGAUCCACUGCGCCGCGUCCUGGGUCAACCCGGACACCAGAGAUCAGUAUUUGAUUUUCGGAGGCGAGGAAGGAAUCUACAGCCUUAACCUGAACGAGCUUCACGAGACCUCCAUGGAGCAGAUAUUUCCCCGGAGGUGCACGUGGCUGUACGUGAUGAACAACUGGCUCUUCUCUAUAUCCGGUAAAGCGUCCCAGCUGUACUCCCAUAACCUGUGCGGUCUCUUCGAGCACGCUCGGCAGAUGCAGAGGUUACCCAUGGCCAUACAGACGUACAAACUGCCCGAUAAAAUCAUCCCUCGGAAGUUCACAGUGUCCAGUAAGAUUCCAGACACAAAGGGGUGCCAGAAGUGUUGUGUAGUUCGCAAUCCAUACACAGGGAUGAAGUAUCUUUGUGGUGCAUUCCAGUCCAGUGUAGUUUUGUUUGAAUGGGUGGAGUCCAUGCAGCGCUUCAUGCUCAUCAAGAGUAUAGACUUCACCCUCCCUUGUCCACUGGAGGUGUUUGAGAUGCUGGUGGUCCCGGAGCGUCACUACCCAUUGAUCUGUGUGUCCGUUGUUAAGGGCAGUCAGCCUGAUCAGGUCGUGACCUUUGGCACCGUUGACCCCAACGAUAUAGCGCCAACCUUCACUGAACCUGACACGUCACAGACGUGCGUCAUUCACGUCACGCAGCUGGAAAGGGACACCAUACUGGUGUGUUUGGACCGUUGUAUAAAGAUGGUGAACUUACAAGGCCGAUUAAAAUCCAGCAAGAAGCUCUCAGCCGAGCUCACCUUCAACUUCCAGAUUGAAGCAAUAGUGUGUUUGCAGGACAGCGUGCUGGCGUUCUGGAGACACGGCAUGCAGGGACGCAGCUUCAAAACCAAUGAGAUCACACAGGAGAUCUCUGACAGCUCACGCAUCUUCAGACUGCUGGGCUCAGACAGGACGGUGGUGUUGGAGAGUCGACCGACGGAUAACCCGACAGCUCAGAGUAACCUGUACAUACUUGCGGGCCAUGAGAACAGCUACUGAAUGCGCGCGCACACACACACACACACACACACACACACACA